AUGUCCCACUACCCUUUCUCCCGAGCUGCAGUAGCUUUGCGCAGUAAGAGCGCCAUUCGCUCUUACUCCACGAAGCGUAUCGACUCAAUCCUCAUUGCAAAUAGAGGAGAGAUUGCCCUCAGAGUCAAUCGCACUGCUUCCCAGCACGGCAUUCGCACAACAACUCUGUACACGACUCCAGAUGCUCUCUCGCAGCAUGCUCUGUCCUCGCCCUUCUCCUUCAACCUCGGCGCAACAGCCGCUUAUUUGGAUCAAGAGAAAAUCCUCCGAGUAGCGAAACAAGAGGGUUGUCAAGCUAUCCACCCGGGGUAUGGCUUCCUAUCCGAGAAUGCAGAGUUCGCAAAGAGGUGUGCCGAAGAGGGUGUCACUUUCAUCGGCCCUCCUGCCAGCGCCAUUGAGGAUAUGGGUGACAAGGCUAGGAGCAAAGAGAUUAUGAACGCGGCCGGUGUGCCUUGUGUACCGGGCUACCAUGGAUCUGACCAGGCACCCGAGAUACUUGCACAAGAAGCGGACAAGAUCGGCUAUCCUGUCCUGAUCAAAGCUGUCCGAGGCGGCGGAGGCAAGGGGAUGCGGAUCGCAAAAACUGCCCAAGACUUUGCAGAGAUGCUUGAAAGUGCAAAGAGUGAGGCCAGAAAUUCCUUUGGAAACGAUGAAGUCCUCGUCGAAAAAUACAUCACUACACCACGUCACAUUGAGGUUCAGGUAUUUGCCGACAAGCACGGAAACUGUGUUGCUCUGGGUGAGCGAGAUUGUUCCAUUCAACGCCGCCAUCAGAAGAUUCUUGAAGAAUCUCCAGCUCCCAACUUGGAUGACACGAUUCGAAAAGAUCUGUGGGAUAAGGCGCGAGCAGCUGCACUUGCUGUCAAGUACGAAGGAGCUGGUACAGUUGAAUUCAUUUUUGACAAUGACACGGGUGCCUUCUACUUCAUGGAAAUGAAUACCAGACUCCAGGUGGAGCAUCCUGUCACCGAGAUGGUGACUGGUCUUGAUCUUGUGCAUUGGCAGAUCUUGGUCGCGGAAGGCAAACCACUGCCGCUUACCCAGGAUCAAGUCGAAGAACAGAUUUCCCAACGUGGACAUGCCAUCGAAGCCCGAAUCUACGCCGAGAAUCCAGACAAGGGAUUCAUACCCGACUCUGGCAAACUUUUGCACGUUCGGCUCCCUAGGGAGACCGCGGACGUGCGGAUAGAUAGCGGAUUUGUGCAAGGCGACGAGGUUUCAAGCCAUUAUGACCCCAUGAUCGCCAAACUGAUUGUCAGGGGCGAAACUCGAGAAGACGCUCUACGCAAAAUGGUUGCAGCAUUACAAGACUACGAGGUGGCUGGACCAGUAACAAACAUUGACUUCCUCAAGAGAAUAUGCAAAUCCCCGGAUUUUGUGAAUGGUGAUGUCGAGACAGGGUAUAUUGGAAAACACCAUGAGGAACUCUUCCCACAAAUCAAUGUCACUUCUGAAGUCCUUGCGCAGGCAGCGAUUGCUUCGUUCCUCCGCCAUUCAAAUGCUUACAAUUCGGUUGCAAAGGCUUCAUCCUGGCAGGUCCCUCCGCCUUCGUGGCUUAACACAUCGUCCGACUUCCAGCCACGAACCUUUCAAUUCACCACCGCAAGUUUCGAACCCGAACCUGGAAAACAACCCGAAAUCCUCACCGUGGAACUUCGACAAAUAAGUCCAGGUACAUUCUCUGUGUCAACUCUGAAUUCUGACUCGAUGUCCGUUUCAUCGUCUUUCGACCCUGAAUCAAAUACCUUGACGACGUACUUUCCCCAUACACGACAUACCUCACACAUCAUAUUCUCUCCCCCCUCAACCUCAUCAGGCUCAGCAUCAAACCCAGAAACAUUACAUCUCUUCACCCCGCAUGGCUCCUUCAUUCUCUACUCGCCUUCACCUUCAUGGCUCCAGAAAGCCCUCGGUGUGACCGAGAAACCCAACUCGCUGUUGUCCCCCAUGCCUGCUAAGAUCCUCCGUGUGCUCGUCUCACCAGGGGAUGUGGUGAAGAAGGAGCAAGCUUUGAUUGUUAUCGAGAGUAUGAAGAUGGAGACUGUUAUAAGAAGCCCGAUGGAGGGAGCCAAGGUGCAGAGAAUAGUGCACCAAGAGGGCGAGGUGGUCGCGAGUGGUGUUGCCCUUGUGGAGUUUGAAGAAGAUGGAACACACGAAGGAAAGUGA